AAGGAAUUCUCAUUCAGUUUGUAGAUAUGAUCUACGAGUUGCAACGUACAAUCAUAGACUGGGAAUACGUAUCGGAGCCAUCUAGACGAUAUACAAUUAGCAGCUCAAACGGACUUAGCUGGCCUAGAGGGCUUGUGCUGGGCGGAAGUGGUACCAUCAAUGCCAUGAAGUAUGUUAGAGGCAAUAAACGCGACUACGAUCACUGGGAGCAGCUUGGCAAUAAGGGGUGGAGCUGGGAUGAAGUGUUAGGCUACUUCAAAAAGUCAGAGGAUAACAAAGUGGGCAAGUUAGUACAGCUAGAUCAGGGGAAAUGGCACAGCACUGGAGGUUACCUCAGCGUCGAUUAUAACGACAUAAGUGAUCCGAUGAACAAUGUACUGAUGGAGGCGGCCAAAGAAGUGGGAUUUGAAGAGCUCGAUGAUUUGAAUGCUGACAAACAUAUCGGGUAUGGCCAAUCGGUUUUCACGAUAGUCAAUGCAACUAGAUGUAGUCCGGCAAAGGCUUUUCUGAGUCCCGUAAGGUAUCGCAAAAAUAUGCACGUGAUAAAGCACGCCUUUGUUACUUCCAUUAUAUUUGAACAGCUAAAUGAGGCACGCGGAGUAAAUUUUAUACUUCAGAAUCAAGCCACCCUGAGAGCUUUUGCUAGAAAAGAAGUUAUUGUUUCCACUGGAACAGUAAAUACUCCGAAACUACUACAGCUAUCUGGCAUAGGGAGAAAUAUUGAUCUUGAUCCUUUUAAAAUUGUACAGCGUGCUAAUCUGAACGUGGGAUAUAACUUGCAGGAUCAUGUAGCUAUUCCGUUGUUUGUCAAAUUGAAGAAAUCUACAGCAAAACCAGUAAAUAUCUAUUUGGAAAAGAUAAUAAACCUCUACAAUUUUUUGUUCAAAGAUCGUCGACAAUCGACAAGAAAUCAUGAUGUUUCAGGUGUUACAAUUUUAGCUAACACCAUCAAUGUAACAGAUCCAUAUCCGGAUGUUCACUUUGAAUAUAUUCUGUUCAAAAAAGGUGGCAUCAGUUCGAUCUUAAUAACACGCAGCUUUGGUUUCAAUGAAGAUGUUGUUGAAUCGGUUCAUCGAGCAGAAUUGGAAGCAAACGUGUUGCUGGUGCGUAUCCACGUGCUGAAGCCAUUUUCACGUGGCAAAGUCACACUUAAAAGCACUGAUCCAUACGUUGAUCCACUGAUUAAAGCGAAUUAUUUCAAUGAUUAUGAAGAUUUAAAAACGUUGAUACGUGCAAUCAGAAUCCAGCAGCAAAUGCUGACAACAGAUGCACUUCGAAAGAAUGAAGCCGAACUGCAUAAAAUACAUCUUCCAGCGUGCAUGUUUAUCUUACAUGACUCAGAUGAGUACUGGGAGUGCUACAUUAGACACCUUACCCUAACACUGUACCAUCCGGCAGGAACUGCAAAGAUGGGACCUAGCAGUGAUCCGGAAGCGGUAGUUGACGAAAGAUUGCGAGUUAGAAACACAACACGGUUGAGAGUUGUUGACGCUAGCAUUAUGCCAUACAUUGUUAGUGCAAAUUUGAACGCAGCUACGAUAAUGAUUGGUGAAAAGGGUGCCGAUUUUAUAAAAGAAGAUAAUGGAUUCUGAGAAAUGCUGCCAGAAAAUGUUAUAUGCAUCUGGUAAAGG